AUGAAUUACUUAGCUUUGCAAAAGUUUAUUCAUUGUGAUCUUGCUGCUCGAAAUUGCUUGAUUGCUGAUAAUGGUGUCAUCAAAGUUGCUGAUUUUGGCCUAUCGGAAGAAAUUUACACAAAAAAUUACUUUAAUCAAUUUAAAGAGUCAAAAUCUGUUAAACUCCCAGUCAAAUGGAUGGCACUUGAAAGUCUUCACUAUGGAACAUUCUCUGAAAAAUCAGAUGUGUGGUCUUAUGGUGUUUUAUGUUGGGAAGUCUUUAGUGCUGGGAAAAUACCAUACCCUGGUAUGGAUCCAAUAGGAUUAGUGGAACUAUUGGAUA